AAUUAAUAUUUUAAAGGUGGUUUCAGUUGCAGUCACAUUUUAGUUCUUGGGAUUCGUUUUGCUUGGAUUUCAUUUCUCCUUUUCGCAGAAUCGAAUCCAUCAAAACUCAAAAGCACGACACAAAAUUACUGAAAAAGGAAAACAUCUCAUUCCACCUCUGUUCGUGACUCUGUAUUUGUCUCCUCUUUCUUUGGAUAUUCAAGGUUGUGUGUGUAAUUUUUAACAGCUGUCGCCUGUCUGAGAGGGAGAAAGGAAACCUGGCAAGCGGACUUUAACUUUGUACGUGAACAAUCCAUCUCUUGGAACACGUGGCUUUUGUUAAAUUUUGUGUUUUGCGAUCGAGCUUUUAUGCCCAAAAGACACAACUGGUGGUGUUUAUGUCUACUUCCAAAGGAUUGAAAACAGGAAAUCUAGAUUGUUCUAGCUCAUGAGGACAUUCAUGUGAUUUCGAUUUGUUCUUGCAACUGAUAACUUUUUGGCAUUAUGCAUGUCUGGCCCUGUGUCCAUCGUUGAUGGUGUUGAAAGGGUACUAUCAUUAUCAGAUAGAACAAGAUAUCUUGAUACCACAUUAUCUAGUGACAUAGGGUACUGCACUGGAUUAAAUGGGGAGAUUAGUCAUCCUUCUUCUGAAACUACUGGCUUUAGAUUGGGAGAGAACUUAUUACCCAAUGGGGAAUCUUAUUCUGGAUCCCUACUGGGCAAUAUACCUGAGGGUUUGGGGAGCUAUGUAUGGUCAAGUGGUUGCAAGUAUGAGGGUGAGUGGAGAUACGGGAUGAGGAAUGGAUAUGGAAAACUUCUAUGGCCAUCUGGUGCUCUUUAUGAAGGUGAAUUUUCAAGUGAUUACAUGCAUGGCACUGGAACAUAUACUAGACCUGACAAUAUGACCUAUAAGGGUCGGUGGAGGUUAAAUGUCAAACAUGGUUUGGGAUAUCAGAUAUUUCCUAAUGGAGAUAUAUUUGAAGGUUCGUGGAUUCAGGGAACCCCGGAAGGACCUGGUAAGUAUACAUGGGCUAAUGGAAAUUUGUAUUUGGGUAAUAUGAAGGGGGGAAAGAUGUCAGGCAAGGGAACUCUUACUUGGACCAAUGGAGACUCUUUUGAAGGAAGCUGGUUUAAUGGCAUGAUGCAUGGAUUUGGAAUAUACAUGUGGAGCAACGGUGACUGCUAUGUUGGAACUUGGACAUGGGGCCUGAAGGAUGGAAAAGGAACGUUCUAUCCAAACGGAAGCAGGCUUCCAGCUGUCCAGCAAUUAUACCUCAAUGCUUUGAGAAAACGAGGGUUGCUUCCAGAUUUGAGAAGACAGAAUCAAGUUUCCCAUAUUCAUCAUGCUACCUCAGUAGAUAUGGAAGAUGUCAAGGUUGGUGGGAACCGAGGUUCCAAUCGUAAUCCAUCUGAUAAGAUCUCCAAGGGAAACUUAUUAAAUAUUGAACAAUCUCGCACACCAAACGUUUCUCUGGAAAGACGCUGGAGUCUAGAAGUAUCCAUUGAGAAAGUUAUUGGACAUGAUUUUUCUAGCAUAUCCGAGUCUGUCUUAGAAGGUGGAGACAAUGAGGAUGACACAAAUCCUCCAAUCUUGGAAAGAGAAUACAUGCAAGGGGUCCUAAUCAGUGAGCUUGUAUUAAGCAAUCGUUUUUCACCAUCAUCCAGAAGAGCAAAAAGGAGGCAAAAGAAACUUACAAGGGAGAUAAAAAAGCCAGGAGAACAAAUUAUUAAAGGCCAUAGGAGUUAUGAUUUGAUGCUAAGUCUACAGCUUGGGAUCAGGUAUACUGUGGGGAAAAUUACUCCGAUACACAGGCGAGAAGUUAGGGCUACUGAUUUUGGUCCUCGUGCGAGCUUUUGGAUGAAUUUUCCUAAAGAAGGGUCACAAUUGACGCCUCCACAUCAGUCGGAGGAUUUCAGGUGGAAAGAUUAUUGCCCAAUGGUCUUCAGGAAUCUGAGAGAGAUGUUUAAGAUUGAUGCUGCUGAUUACAUGAUGUCCAUAUGUGGAAAUGAUGCUCUCAGGGAACUUUCUUCUCCUGGGAAAAGUGGCAGUGUCUUUUUCCUGUCUCAAGAUGAUCGUUUCAUGAUCAAGACACUGCGAAAAUCUGAAGUUAAGGUUCUGCUUCGGAUGCUUCCAGACUAUCAUCGCCAUGUACGCACAUAUGAGAACACACUCAUAACUAAAUUUUUUGGUCUUCACAGGAUUAAACCUUCUAGUGGUCAAAAGUUUCGUUUUGUGGUAAUGGGAAAUGUGUUCUGCACAGAGUUAAGGAUUCAUCGAAGGUUCGAUUUGAAAGGUUCUUCAUUAGGACGUUCUGCAGCUAAGGUUGAAAUCGACGAAAACACCAUUCUUAAGGACCUAGAUUUAAAUUACUGCUUUUAUUUGGAACCUUCUUGGCAAGAUGCCCUCUUACGGCAGAUUGAAAUAGACAGCAAAUUCUUGGAAGCACAGCACAUAAUGGAUUACAGUCUCUUGCUAGGUGUUCAUUACCGAGCACCCCAACACCUCCGCUCUCGUAUGUCUUACAGUCAGCAUAUGUCAGCGGAUGCACUGGGAAUAGUGACAGAAGAGUCUAUCGAAGAUGAUAUAUCUCCACAAGGCCUUGUUUUGGUCCCUCGAGGUGAUGAUGAUAAUAGUGUUGUUGCGGGGCCCCAUAUUAGAGGUAGCCGGUUGCGAGCAUCAUCUGCAACUGGGGAUGGGGAAGUGGAUCUUCUCCUUCCUGGGACAGCAAGACUCCAAAUCCAGCUAGGAGUGAAUAUGCCAGCGAGAGCAGAACAUAUACCCGGAAAAGAUGACACACAUAUAUUUCACCAGGUGUACGACGUUGUCCUCUAUUUGGGUAUCAUCGACAUAUUGCAAGAGUACAACAUAAGUAAGAAGAUUGAACAUGCAUAUAAAUCUAUCCAAUUUGAUUCAGUGUCCAUCUCUGUAGUAGACCCUACAUUUUAUUAUCAGCGCUUCCUAGAAUUCAUUCGAAAGGUUUUUCCACCAAAUUCCGUGGCAAGGUAGAAGACUUGAUUGAUCGUUCCUCCUGGCUUCUACUGCCCCCAUCAACUGCACCCUGAAGGUCAACAUUUCAACUGCCUUUUUGUUUUUUGUUUGAAUUUCCAUAUUUGGUUAACGAAGUGGUGGGAAAUUGUGCUUGUGUGUAUUGUUGUUAACAAAACUGAUUUACUCCUUCUUUAAUUCAUGUCGCAACUUUCCUCGUCUUCA